GUUCAGCGUUCCUCGUACACGAACAGCUUCUUUGUUUCCAAUGUUCUUGGUAAGCGUCUCGAUGGUAAAGCGUGAUCAAGGUUGGGUUUGGUGUCCCCUCAAAGCGGCGUCAAAGUGCCAAAAGUUGCAAAGGAUGUAGCGGUACGUAGGAUUAUAUAUCUCAAAGGAUUGCAGAUGGCGUCAAGGCCGCUUGUCGAGGAUAGGGCAAGAGAGGAGGGGUCCGGAUGCCGAAUUGAGACAAAAUAUGCAGGGGAGACUCUGACGGCGUUGCACUUUCCAACGGCAAUCGGGAAGGGAUCUGGAUCGAAGUGUGUGGCUUGCUGGCUGGCAGGGGGACUGGACCACACGUCUGAAUAUCUUGGGUAUGAAAUGACAAGCACUACAGGCACAAGAGAGACAUUGCUGGGCACCUGUAGAAAUUUAAUACCCAAGCUACUAACCCAGCCCCAGUCCCGGGCCCCUUCACCGCUGGACGCCGGCAUUCCCCCGCAUCUACUAGCUGACAUCUUUCGUGAUCCAUGUUUCGACUGCCGGGAGCCUAGGGGGGGAGCUUGCCGUGCUUGUCCAUUGGGCUCGAGCUGGAAAGCUUGUCGUCACCGUGCCUGCAUGAUGUCAUGGGUUGCGGCCCCGAAAAUGCUCCCCUCCAGCCCCACUCUGUUUGCUCUGUCGCUGCCAUCGCUGGUCUUACCCCAUCAUUCCUGCCAAGCCGUUGACGUCAAAAAAGGUUCUCGAUCUGGCCAUAGCUCCCGGGCCUCACAUUCUCCAAAACGAAAUGGUUCCACCAACAAACGAGGCCUCAGCACCUCAUCCGCGGUGCAGCAGUGCAGCACAACAGCACAACUCGAGAGCCCAAAUGCCCAUCAUGAGACCAUCGUGCCAUCCUUGCCAUCGUACACUCGUGAGGCAUGAGUCGUGUCCUCUUAUCCGAACACCCACACACUCCACGACACCCUACUCUCCCAAUGCCCAUACACCCUCGGGGAACAGACCCUGUCUUAGCCACGAGGGCUAGUAGGGUCUUCCCCCCCUGGUUUUAGCUGAACGCCUUCGACAAGCGGUU